ACCGUUGCUUACAUCAAGUCCUAGCGCGCUACAGAAGAUCAAGUCCGACAUCGAUCGAAGACUGAAAAAAUUGGAGAAACGACCAGCUUUCAUGAAUGCAUUGUCUUACUUGAGAGACCCAGGAAAGAUCGAUGACCUAAAGAAAGAGUUUGACAAAGCAUUGACAUCGUUUCAGCUUAGGGCGAACCUAAUAGGCAGCGCCAAAUUAGCGGCCAUAGAACGUCGUCUACAGGAUGACAAAAUCUUGGAUAGUCUCCGAUUCCCUCAUAUCGCCCACGAUGAUUCCACUCAGGCAUGCCUAGAAGGCACUAGGGUGGAUCUCACCGAGCGUAUUAUGACAUGGUGCCGCAACACUGGGGAGAGUGAGAACCGGUUAAUGCUGCUGACAGCUGUGGCCGGUGCCGGUAAGACUUCGAUUACGCUCACGAUAGCAGAACGGUGUGCGAGUGAAGAGGACGUUACCCUGUUACUGCACUUCUUCUUUAAAGCUGGCGAACGGUCACGGCCCGAUUCUCUAUUCAGCGGCAUGGCUCGGGCAUUAGUAGACCAUGACCCAGUUUACCGCACUUUCAUUAUCUCUGCUCUGCGAAAAGACCCUUCCCUCUCAACGGCCUUACUCGCGAAGCAAUUCGAGGAUUUAGUGGCUUCACCUCUCCGACAUAAACCUCCAUCUCCCGACCGUCCUAUGGUGGUCAUCAUCGAUGCUUUAGAUGAAUGCGAUAAAGAAGCGUUUGAGCUUCUUGCCGAAAUUCUUAGGGAAGGGGUGCCUAGGCUACCAUCUUCCAUAAAAUUCUUUAUCACGUCGAGACAAUUCGAUCUCGUGAAUCGCUACCUCUCCUCCGAUUGUCCUAUCGAUCGUCUCACUAUUGAUCUUUCGGAUGGGACAAAUUUGAAGGACUGCACCACAUACAUACAUUCCCAGCUGCAAGUGCUGAAGAAAGUACAUCCAGAUGUACGCCAUAAUCUUCAGGACGAGGAUAAGAAAGUACAGGAGAUCUCAGAACAAGCGAAUGGCUUGUUUGUUUGGAUCAGCACUAUCUUUCGCUAUAUGAGGACGGCCAACAAGGAUCCUAUGAGGACGUUAGAGGGCCUGCUCGACACUGGUGCCAAACGAUCAAAGGUCCCUGCUGAGGGAAUGAUGGAUCGGCUGUAUACAAGCAUUCUGAAGAAGUGUGAUUGGGAGGAUGAAGAGUUUGCAUAUGACUACCCAAUCAUGAUGGGAGCAAUCUUCAUUGCGCAGAAGCCUCUAUCUGUCGUAGCUUGGGAUGCCAUUUUGUCACCUUUCCUCAAAUCUUCUGUUCGAUAUGUGUUGGCUGAACUUGCACCUCUCCUCUCAGCGGUUGGGGACCAUCAUGUUCUGGUUCGAGUCUUACACCAAUCCUUCCGUGACUUCAUCGUCGAUCGGAUGGAUCCCAAAUCGAUCAACCCCAGCUGCGGUCCAGUAGAUGUGUGGACAGAGAAUGCCAAAGUUGCACUGCGAUGUACCGAGAUUCUCAUCCAGGAUCUUUCCUCUGUAGAGGGCUUAGGAUUGAUUGAAAAUCUGUCGAAAAAAGAUGAAAUGCCGCGCAUUCCUCGAGAGGAGUUAUCUGAGCACUUUCAUUAUGCAUGUUGCCAUAUUGUUGAUCACCUCAGUGGAGUCCAAGAACCGGAGGAGGGGCUUGCUGGGUUAGUCGGUGUGUUUCUAAGUCAGGAGGCAACUCGCUGGGUGGAAGUCUGUGUGAGAAUGGAGGGCUACAUUAGUAUCUCGUUACUACCUAAGUGGGCCAAAUCGGCUGUUGAGCACCGGUCCAAGGAUGUUGUCUGUGCAUUGGCCAAUGAGCUUAUCCAGCUUGCGAGGAAUUUGGAUUUUUUUUCAAAAUUCCAGGAGGCUUAUGAAGCAGCGAACGAUUCCGUUACGCUUUGCCGUGACCUUGUUUCUCUGGACCCGGAGACCUACACCCCAGAUUUGGCCGAGUCACUCAACAGUCUAUAUAAUGCACUUUCGAAUCUUGGACGGCACUCGGAGGCGCUCUCAUUCAUUGAAGAAAGUGCCAAACUCUACCGCCGACUGGUUGUCAUUCACCCAGAAUCAUACACGCCGGAUUUGGCUAUGUCACUCAAUAAUCUACGUAUUGCUCUUUCUGAUCUCGGACGGCACUCGGAGGCACUCCCAUUCAUCGAAGAGAGUGCCAAACUCUAUCGCCAACUAGUUGUCGUUUAUCCAGAAUCAUACACUCCAGAUUUGGCCGCGUCACUCAACAACCUAUCCAACGCUCUUUCUAAUCUGGGACGGGACCCAGAGGCACUCCCAUUUGUCGAAGAAAGUGUCAAACUCCGACGCCAGCUAGUUGCUGUUGACCCAGGAUCACACACCCCGGAUUUGGCCAUGUCACUCAAUAAUCUAUCUACCAUUCUUUCCAGUCUCCGACGGCACUCGGAGGCGCUCCCAUUCGUUGAAGAGAGCGUCAAACUCCGGCGCCAGCUCGUUGUCAUUCACCUAGGAUCAUACACCCCGGAUUUAGCCAUGUCACUCAGCAAUCUAUCUGCCAUUCUUUCCGAUCUCGGACGGUACUCGGAGGCACUCCCGUUCAUCGAAGAGAGCGUCAAACUCCGGCGCCAGCUAGUUGUUGUUCACCCAGAAUCAUACACCCCAGAUUUGGCCAGGUCACUCAACAAUCUAUUUACCACUCUUUCCGAUCUCGGACGGCACUCGGAGGCACUUUCAUUCAUCGAAGAAAGCGUCAAACUCUACCGCCAGCUAGUUGCCGUUUAUCCAGGAUCAUACACCCCGGAUUUGGCUAUGUCACUCAACAAUCUAUCUGCCAUUCUCUCCGAUCUUGGACGCCACUCGGAGGCGCUUCCGUUCAUCGAAGAGAGCGUCAAACUCCGGCGGCAGCUAGUUGUUGUUCACCCAGGAUCAUACACCCCGGAUUUGGCCGGGUCACUCAACACUAUGUAUACCACUCUUUCCAAUCUCGGACGGCACUUGGAGGCACUUUCAUUCAUUGAAGAAAGCGUCAAACUCUACCGACAACUAGUUGCCGUUCAUCCAGGAUCAUACACCCCGGAUUUGGCUAUGUCACUCAAUAAUCUACGUAUUGCUCUUUCCGAUCUUGGACGGCACUCAGAGGCGCUUCCAUACAUUGAAGAGAGCGUCAAACUAUACCGCCAGCUAGUUGCUGUUCACCCAGGAUCUUACACCCCGGAUUUGGCCGUGACACUCAGCAACCUAUGCAAUGCUCUUUCCAAUCUGGGACGGGACUCAGAGGCGCUCCCAUUCAUCGAAGAAAGUGUCAAACUCCGACGCCAGCUAGUUGUUGUUCACCCAGGAUCAUACACCCCAGAUUUGGCCGGGUCACUCAACAAUCUAUCUACCACUCUUUCCGGUCUCGGACGGGACCCAGAGGCACUCCCAUUCAUCGAAGAAAGUGUCAAACUCCGACGCCAGCUAGUUGCUGUUCAGCCAGGAUCAUACACCCCAGAUUUAGCCAUGUCACUCAACAACCUAUCUAUCAUUCUUUCCAGUCUCGGACGGCACUCGGAGGCACUCCUAAUUAUUGAAGAAUGUGUCCAAAUCCGGCGCCAGCUAGUUCUUGUCAACCCAGGAGCACAUGCCCCAGAAUUGGCUAACUCACUCAAGAACCUACGUAGUGCACUCUCCGAUCUCGGGCGCGAUUCCGAGGCGCUGAUGGUUCGCGAUUGAGUGGCCUAAGGUUCUCUGGUCUUCCCCAUUCCGCUUAUCAUUGCCUUUUCUCGUGGGCCAACCACACCAUAAUGCAUAUGCUGUAUGUGUGGAAGGGGGUGUUCAGCUCAAUUACUCUAUCCCAGUUUUUUUUUUUUCGUGCCAGCGUUGUGAAAGUUGGGAAUUUGAACUAUGUUUGGGGAUAUCAACCUCCAAUACGUAAGAACAAACUUCGAUUUGACGCUAUUAUCUCGACAAGCAACUGCACAUCAACUCUAUCCGAAUACAAGAGUGGGAAGUCUGAGGAUACCAAUCGACUUGUGGCGAUGUCAAGGUAUGACAGGCAACCCCACCGACGUCGGCCUCAAUUGAAGUCGGCAUUUCUCUCUGCGUAAUGCUCUUUUCGAUCUCGGACA